CACGAGGCCUUCGUUGACCUACAAAAAACGUGACAACUUAAAUAAUCAUAUUAUAUCAUACGGUGAAUAAUCGUAAAAUUAAAAUUGUACAUUCACGCUUUGUGCGUUCUUUUCAGUACAAAUUAAUGAUGGAGAAAAGUAAAGUUUUCGUUUCCUUUCCUUCGGGUCCGCUGGACGUCUACAGAAAGAGAGCUUCCUUUGACUGGUAUGAAAUGAAAAAGUUUAUUAAUGGCAGCGAUAUUUUAGAUAUAAAAGAAGAAAUAUGGGCCACAUUAUCAAAAGAUCCAUUGUUCACACAAUCCACAAAAGGCUUAUCAGUGGACGAAAAGCGACAUUUAACUUGGCUGAGACUCAAACGUCUUAUUGAAUAUGAUUUUAUGGGCGACGUUUGGGAGAACCCAUACAAAGUGCACGCUUUUACAGACGCUGUUGGCUCCAUCAACUGGGGGUUAGCGACAAAAUAUCAACUGCAGUUUCAGAUGUUUUCGAUACUUCUAAAGCGAUCAAGUCGGGAUCCGUUGAUACAAGAAAUUGCUGAUAAAUGUGACAACCUGGAGAUUAUGGGUUGUUUUGCUCUUACGGAACUCAGCCAUGGAAGCAAUACGAAAGCGAUGAGAACCACAGCGACUUACGACCCUCACACUCAGGAAUUUGUUCUAAACACACCUGAUUACGAGGCAACAAAAUGGUGGGUUGGCAACCUGGGUAAAACAGCCACCCACGCUUUGGUGUAUGCUCAACUCUACACCCCGGAUGGCGAGUGUCAUGGUCUUCACGCAUUUUGUGUUCAAGUCCGUAACACUGAUCUCUCUUCAAGACCUGGAGUAUUUGUUGGCGAUAUUGGAUUAAAGUUGGGACAGAACGAGUUAGACAAUGGUUUUGUAUCGUUUAAAAACGUUCGCAUUGCAAGGGAGUGUUUGAUAAGCAAAGAGUCACAUGUCACUCCAGAUGGUCAAUAUGUAUCAGAGAUAAGAGAUCCCCGCAAGAGAUUCGCUGCUGUUUUGGGUGCACUAUCUAAUGGGAGAGUCAGUAUCACACUAAUGAGUACAGUCAAUUUAAAAUUAUGUCUAACGAUUGCCAUUAGAUAUUCGGCUGUUAGAAGACAAUUCGGUCCACCAGGCAAAGAGGAAAUACCUGUUUUAGAAUAUCAAAUGCAGCAAUGGAGGCUUAUUCCGAUGCUUGCAUUCACGUACGUCUUGCAACAUUUCUCCCAGACGUUGUUUACAAAUUUGGUGGAAUUUCACAUUGCCAUGAUUAUGGGCGAAUCAGAUGAAAACAAGGUGGACCUUGGUCGUGAAAUCCACGCACUUUCUUGCUCCUCGAAACCUUUGUCAGCGUGGGCAGCUCGUGAUGCUAUCCAGGAAUGUCGUGAAGCCUGUGGAGGUCAUGGCUAUUUAGCUGUUAACAGAUUGGGUGAACUUCGAGAUGAUAACGAUCCUAAUUGUACAUAUGAAGGAGACAAUAACUUGUUACUUAGUCAAACAAGCAAUUUUUUGUUGGCGAAACUUGAUGAAAAAAAUAAAGGUCAAAGACUUAAUUCACCAACGGGAUGUGUUGAUUUCAUUAAUAACAUACAGCAAAUAUUGACGAGCAACACACUGGCGACAAACAAUGAAGAUUAUAGGAAUCCAAAUGUAAUUUCCAAAGCAUUUGAGUGGUUGGUUUGUUAUUUGCUGAAGAAGAGCGAGCAAAAACUUCAAAAUCAAGUGGCUCUUGGACAGGAUGAAUUUUCGGCCAAGAAUGACAGCCAGGUGUAUUUUUGCCGUUCUUUGUCAAUAGCAUUCAUCGAGAAAACUAUCUUCGACCGAUUUCAUAAUUUAGUUCACGAUGCCGAAACUCCACAUGAGUUCAGAAAGAUCCUUUUAAAGUUAGAACUUUUGUACGGUCUUUGGACACUGGAAAAACACUUGGAAAAGUUUUAUGAAGGAGGAUUCUGGGGUAAUGGACUCCACGGUGAAAAAAUCCGUAGUACAAUCUUGGAACUUUGUAACGAGAUAAAACCAGAGUCAGUAUCUUUGGUUGAUGCACUUGCCCCUCCUGAUUUUGUUCUCAACUCUCCUAUUGGUCAUAGCAAUGGAAAGGCAUUAGAGAAUCUUUAUCAGUCUGUGAUAAACAAUCCAGCAAACACUCAAAGGCUUUCGUGGUGGAAAGAAUACAUGAAGAAACCAGUGAAAGGCUCUCUAAAGAUAGAUAGCAAGCUUUAAUUACAAAUUCUUGGAUAUUUAUAUGCAAAACAAAAAGUUUAUUUAUCGCUUUCUGAAAGGUUAUAUUAUAUUAAUUGGUUAAAAUGAGCUGGAACAGUCCUGUGACAAGAAAAAAUGUUCAACAAAAAUUUACAAAUGUGUUCAAAACCCUUUUAUAAUCACAACCUUUGCAAAUGGUAAUUUCCAAUGGCCAUUAUAAUGAAUCUCUAUUUUAUUUUGCAUUUAGUUAACGCGAUACUAGUUAUCAAAAUCACACUCAGCAUUGGAUCGUCGUAGUGAAUUGUUUAAUAAACCAGGUCAAAGACAUUUUCAUAUUAUAAUCUUGUUAUUUUACGACUAAAUACAAAUGACAAACAAUA